AUGGGUAAUAUUUGUUGUUGCUGUAUCAAAAGGUCCCAAACACCUUAUGAUCCAUUCAUCUAUGACCAAGAAUAUGAAGAAUACUAUGAUCCAAAUCCACUUGACCCUAGAGUAAUAGAUACAUAUAGUCCACCAACAGUUAUACAACUUGAUCAUACAAAUUAUAGAGAUAGUUUAGAAAGUACUUCAAGCUCAGUAAUAAAUGUAAAUGAAUACUAUAGCAACAACAACAAUAAUAGUAAUAAUAAUAAACCUAGAAAUUCACAGUACCAACCACAACAAUACAAUCAAGAUCAUCAAGAUCAACAACAACAACAACAACAGCAUAAUACAUACGUUCAUUCCCCACCAUCACCAAAUGCAAAUCAAAGACCAAAAACAUCAUUCAUAAAAUCACCAAUAAUGCAACAACUUCAACAACAACAACAAGAUACAAGAUAUAUGACAGCCUCAUUUAAAGAUUUACAUAAAGGAUAUCAAGAACAGAAUAUAUCGCAGCAGCAAGAACAACAAGAACAACAGCAACAGCAACAGCAACAGCAACAGCAACAGCAACAGCAACAACAACAACAACAACAACAACAACAACAACAACAACAACAACAACAACAACCAAAUGUAAAUAAUAAUAACCAAACCACCACCAUUACUACAACUACCAACAAUAAUGACAACAACAACAACAAUAAUAAUGAUAAUAGCGAACAAACUUAUAAACCCUUCAUUGAAAGUGACGAAGAAGAUAGCGAUCUCUAUGAAAAAGAUGAACACACUCCAUUAAAUCAACAACCACAACAACCAAUUCAAACAGUGGACCAAUUUUAUCCACAUUAUACCAACUUUACAGAAUCCCAUUAUGAUAUAAACCCUCCUACAAACGAUUUAGGGAUUACCGAUUCAAUAAUGGAUUCUAUUGUGUUGGGUGUAAAUAAUAAUAAUAAUAAUAAUAAUAAUAAUAAUAACAAAUUCCAAAAUAAUUUUAGUAAUAAUAAUAAUAAUAAUAAUAAUAAUAAUAAUAAUAAUAAUAAUAAUAAUAAUAAUAAUAAUAUUAAUAAUAAUAGUAAUAAUAGUAACAUAUCAAGAAACAUUGAUAAUAGUAUAUUCAAUUCUCCAAACUCUAGUGUAAAUUCAUCUUCAAAUGUUGAUACUGAUGCCUCAGUUUAUUAUGAUGCACAAGGUUCAUUUAGUCAAUAA